AUGCAUCAAGAUUUAAAACUGAGAUAAAUUAUAAAGCCAAUAUUUUAAACGAUAUUGAAGAUAUAUAACGGCAGAUAUUAUGAAAAUAUUGAGUUAUACGAAAAUUAAAGGAGUUUUCCUUAAUAAUUGAAUGGCUGUUCCUUACCUAAUGGAAAAAAAAUUAAAAUUAUUAGUGCCGUGCAAAUCUAAAUAUAUAUUAGAAGAUCUUCUGCAAAUGAAGUAUGAUAAAUUUAUUGUAUUUAUAGAGAUCUGAAAAAACAGGGGAUUUAAAAGCUGAUAGAGUAAGGUAUACGGAACCCAGCUUAUUAUAAGUUAUCCAAAGGUUCGAGAAGUAUAUUGAAUUGGUUUUAUGUUUCUGUUUAAUCAGAAAUAUACAAAAUCAUUAAAUAACAGUAGUGUGUUGGAAUAUAUCCUCUUUAAAACCAACCACCUUACAAAUAAUUAAAGAAAAUGAUCCCCACCUAAUUUAUCUUCAAGAAACUUGA